ACCAGAGGUGCGCGAUGGCUGCCGCACGGUUGCUGCUGCGCCUCGCCGGGCGCCUGAAGUCAGUGAACUUCACACAGAGCGUGUGUGGACUCCUGGGCGCCGGGCAGGGACCCGGGCCGUGGCACACGCAUUGCAGCUUGGAGCGAGGACAGCUUGUCCUCUCUAGCAAUCCGUUCCCCGGCGCUUCGGAGAGGCUUCCAAUCCAGAGACCCCUUUUCUGCCCUUUUGCGGCUCUGGACCAGCAGCCUGAGGUCUCCAGGACAGAGCCGCUCACAAAUAAAGGUGUGGAUCUGGGUGUGGCAGUCAUUCUUCAGUCCAGUGACCAGACUGUAUUGUUGACCCGAAGGACAUGUACUCUCCGCAUUUCCCCCAAUGUGUGGGUCCCUCCAGGUGGGCACAUGGAACUUGAUGAGGAGAUACUGGGGUGUGGGUUUCGAGAGCUCUGGGAAGAGUGUGGGCUACAGCUGCCCGAGAACCAGUUUUCUUGUGUCCUUCUGGGGUUAUGGGAGUCUGCCUACCCUCCUAGGCUGAGCUGGGGCUUCCCCAGAUACCAUCACCUCAUUCUCUAUGUACUUGUGAUCUCCCGGGAGUCCCAGGAGCAGCUCCAGGCUAGGAUCCAAGUAAAUCCAAAUGAGGUGAAUGCUUUCAUGUGGCUGGGACCAGAUGUAGCGGCAGCUGUGGCUGCCACAGAGGACGAGACAAAGACACCUGGACUUGUCUCCCAGGACCUACCACUCUCUGUCUGUGCAACCGAACUGAGGGACGAUGGAGGAACCCAACCUCUGGUCCUGCCUGUGCCCACACUCAUGCGGACAACCCCAACCACAGCAGAGGAGGACAAAGAAAGGAUCGGCGCUGGAACCAAGUUUGCCCUCCAGCUCUGGCUGCAACAUCUGGGCAGAUGAGGUAAAAGUGACAUUCACGCUCGGAUCGCAGACCAGCAAAGGAAGCCUGGCAACCUAAGACCUGGCAUGUCCUUCAAGAUGGAAGGAGAGGCCCUACUCCAUAAAGCUGUCCUCUGACUUCCACAUGUAAAACCAUGGCACAUGUGCCCACAUACACAGUAAUAAACACUUUAAAUGU